CUCUGAGUUCGGCCAGUCUGCGUCUUGCCCAAAUGAUCCUGUCGCGCGCCGCCAUCGCUGCCCUCGCUCUCUGCGGCCUCGCGCAUGGCCAGUCGGGCGAUACCGGCCAACUUGAGACAGCCGUCGUCACAACGGAUUCCGACGCCUUCUAUGGCACGUACUCGUACGACCCGCUUGGCCCAGGUCAAUGGGGCGGCAACCUGCCCACCGAGGACGCUGCCAUCAAGACGACCGUGGUCUCGUUGUCUGCUGUGGCUGGCGUGCCAGACGUCUUUGGCUGCAACACCAGCGCUCUUCUCGACUCGUCGGUGCUGAAGGCUCACCUCGCGACGUUCGCCGCAAGCAGCCAGCCGUUUGCGCUGAUGAUCCAGCGCGGUCUGUGCACGUUCACCGACAAGGCGGUCACGGCGCAAAAGCUCGGCGCCACCGCGGUGCUCGUCGCGGACACUGUCGAGUCGAUCUACAACACGACCGUGCGCGAGAACGCCACGGUCUGGGACAAGGCCGACGCCUAUGACUGCUCGCAGGGUCAAGCAACGCUCGCAACGCUAGCUAGCCCGCCGUGGAGCGACGCCAACAACGACGCGUCGUGCAGCAGUGACUGCCCGUCCGGCCGCUGCAUUCCGACGGGCAAUGGCAACCAAGUGUGCUGCAUGUGGGACGUCACCGACUACAUGGGCGCCGGCGUCAACUACAACCAAGUCACGAUCCCUCUUGUGCGUGUGCGCGCCAUGGACGCGGCCAAGAUCAAGGACGGCUCGUCUGUCAGUAUUUACAAGCGCUUCAUUCCCAAAGUCGACCUCGCGCAGGGUCUUGUAUGGGCGAUGGCAGUCGCGACGAUCAUCAUGGCUGGGUACCUUGCGUCGUCGCUCGAGCGCAAGAAGGCGGUCGUGCGCACGGCUCCCGUCGGUCACGUCACGGCGACUGUCGUCGCCCAGCUGCGCCAGGAGCAAGAAGAAGAGCCGGCCAUGGACAUCAACUGGACGCACGCGAUUGGGUUCCUCGUCUUUGGCUCGGCGUUUCUCCUCUUGCUCUUCUACGUUAACGUGGUCAUGAUCGUCAUCGUCAUGUACUGCUUUGGCGCCAACUCGGCCAUUAGCACGAUUCUCUUCUCACCGCUCUUUGAGCGCGUCAAGGCGCUGCGCAAGCCGCUCUGGAUUUUUGAAACCAAGGCGCUCGGCGACAUUUGCAUCUCGGCCGCAGACUUGCUCUCGUUUGCGUGUUCGCUGAGCCUCGUGCUUCUCUGGGUGCUCUCUCGCCACGCGUCGUGGGCGUGGGUGCUCCAAGACGUCUUUGGCAUUUGCGUCUGCACCCUCUUUUUGCAGACGAUCCGCCUUCCCAACAUCAAGGUCGCGGUCGUGCUUCUCGUGCUCGUCUUCCUCUACGACAUCUUUUUCGUGUUCAUCUCGCCCUACAUCUUUGGCAAGAGCGUCAUGAUCGUCGCGGCGCAGGGUGGCAAGCAAGACGCCAAGACAGCGCCGGGUGCCUUUUGCCUCCGGUACCCCCGCGACACGACGUACGGCUGUGUGAAGGAGGAGAUUCCGAUCUUGCUGCGUCUCCCCAAGGUGACCAACUGGCUCGGUGGCCAAGCGAUGCUCGGCCUCGGUGACAUUGUGCUGCCCGGUCUUCUCCUCGUCUUUACGGCCCGGUACGACUAUGCGACGCGCGGCAACGUGCUCGGCCACCCGACAAAAAAAGCAACGCCCGCCGCGUACCCCGGCCGCAUCGGCCUCUUUGGUGUCAUGUGCAUUGGGUAUGCGAUCGGUCUUCUUCUUGCCAACGUCGGCGUCAUUCUCAUGCAGUCGGGGCAGCCCGCGCUCUUGUACCUCGUGCCGUGCACGCUGGGUGUGCUCUGCCUCAUUACGUGGCGCCGCGGUCUCCUCAAGAACCUCUGGGUCGGCCCCAAAGAGUUUUUCGCCAUGCCCGAGGCCGAGCCCGAGCAUCCUGUCACCGACUAUGCCAAGCAGGACCCGACACCGACGGUUGUAUAAUCUAAUCGUCAACAUGGCUCGAAGUCGUUUCACAAACAAUUAUGACCGUGACCU